CACGCGUGUCUCGCGCCCCUUCCAGAGGCCGAACCCGUCGAAAGCGCGUCAGAGUGAGCGAGAGAGAAGAGGGAAGCGGAGCGCGCGACAAGUGGUCGCCUCGGCACGUGGCCGCCCCCCAUGACGCCGAAGCGGGGCUCGGGCGCGAUGCUGAGCGCGAGGCCGCCCAGCCCGGGUCUCACCUCGCACAGGCAGACGUCCACGCGGUUGCGACCCGGGGCCGGCGGGUCCUACUAAGAUGACAGCGCGCGUACACUCCCCGAGGCAGCAGCAGCAGCAGCAACAGCAGGACAGCGGCAGCAAGAGAGGCGGCGACGCGACGGCGGGGACCUCCUCCGCUGCGGCGGCAGCAGCGGCGGCGGCGGUAGUUGCGGCAGCGGCGGCUGUAGCCAGACUUCAGCAACAGCAACAGCAACAGCAACAGCAGCACCACCUCUUCAUCGAGGAGUCAAGCACGAGUCCGAAUCCAAGUCCCUGCACGACCCCGAGUCCCGGUCCAAAACUCGCCGACGGACGUAGAGCAAACAAACCACUAAUGGAGAAGCGACGGCGCGCCCGGAUCAACCAGUCGCUGGCGGCGCUCAAGGCCCUCAUCCUCGACAGCGCACGCCUCGAGAACACGAAGCACAGCAAACUCGAGAAAGCGGAUAUUCUCGAGCUGACGGUGCGCCACCUCCAAAGGCAGCGUUCCCUCGCACAGCCGGGCCUCUCGAGGUACAAGGCCGGUUACCAGGACUGCUCCAGAGAGGUGAGUCGCUACCUGGAUGCCCCGGACAUAAUAACGGGGAACACGACACCAAUGGAGCCCGCGGUAAAGCAGCGUCUGCUCCGGCACCUAGACAGCUGCGUCUCGGAGCUGGACCUCGACCUCGGCUCGCGGCCCGACUCGGGUCUUGGCUCGAGCCCCGGCAGCGUGACCGAGCGCGUUCUCGGCCCCGGCAGUCCCUUACCCCUCGAGCAUCCGCAUCACGCGGUGGCCCACUGCAGCGCGGCACUCGGGGCCGCCCUCAUCAAGCAGGAGAUGCCGGAACUCGUGGACGCGACACGGCCCGACAGCAGCACUGCCCCCGGCGACGAGAAUAACAACAGCAGCAGGCCCACCUCGGCCUUUGGACAAAUGCAUCCGAGUAUGGCCGGAGUCGAGCAGCCUGCCGGCAGCCAGCCCAAUCCCAACAUGCUCUCCGUUGUCCAGGUGAUACCGUCGCGGCUCCCGGACGGCCAAGUAGUGUUCCUGCUGCCGAGCCAUUAUGUGCAAUUGGCCGCGGCGGCGGCGGCCAACGGCAUAAGUAUCGGCCCCAACCCGCCGACGGCGAUCUGGGCUGCGACGAACAUGUCACUGCUCAAGGCCAGCGACAAGCUUAUAAAGAGGCCAUUAUGCGAUGAUACGGGGGAUUGGUCGGACGGCCAGCUGAAGCCCGUGAAAGUGGCGCGCGUGGAGACGUCGGGCGCCGUUGAGCAGCCCCUUGACUUCACCACGAGCAGCGUGAAGAAGCUGAAGGCGGCGGCGGCGAGGCUCGUACAGCAGCAGCAGUCCGAGGCCGCGGCAGCGGCGGCUUUGCUCAGCCAUCCUCAGGUCGAGGAGACGCAGACCCAGCAACCCGUGAAGGACGAGAAACCCGAGCCCAGCGCCAGGACGCCCGGCCACUCGCCGGGACUGCAACCGGUGAAGGACGAGGAAGGCAUGUGGCGGCCUUGGUAGACGGAUACCGCCCGAUGACCCACGGAGCGGAAUUUAGUCUGACGGGUUGCGUGCCCGAUACUUUACUCCUCCCCGCGAUCACCCUCUCGCAUAUCCCUUUCCCGUCCAUGGCCAAGCCCCACCCUGCCUCGCGCUCUGCGGCUCUAUCUCUCUUCCUCUCAUCGGACGUCCACAAUCCGGCGCUCCUACAGCUCCAAGCGUAUAACGCGUACGCGUAUGCACCUACGCAAUUGACAUCGAUUUAAGGAGCGAAAUUAAGGAUCGGCCGAUGAAUAAUGGCCCAGUGGGAUUCUAUGAUUGGACGUCAGGUUUGUCAGUAUUACUUUACAAGAUUUAGUCUGUCCUUUCGCCUCUUGUUUGUGACAGCGCGACCAUACUAAGCGAAUAGCCAGACUAAGUUCCUUACGCGGGUCACUUAUUAGCGCUCCCACC